UAUAAAUCGGGAUUUGAUGCCCAGUACAUACGAACUCUUCCAUAGUGACGGUGGUUUUGUGAAAGUAGACAUGAAGAUUUUCUGUAGAAACAACUGCUGAGAUCAAGAUUAGAAUGAUCAAAAGGUCUACUAAGAAUGACAUUUUUAUCGAAUGAAGAAAAUCAUUAGCAAAAGACGAGCUUGCUGCCAGGGUGCAAGAACAAGUACAGGUAUGAAUGAGACUUCUGGAAAUGGCACAAACCCUCUGUGCAGGACUUUGCUUCCAAACACGAUUGGCAGGUUGAGCCAAACUAUCAUAGGGUAUACAGGAAUUCUAUUUGUCCUCUUUAAUGUCAUGUCAAAUGUCCUUUUAAUUUUUGCGUUGCACAAGUCGAAACAGCUGCGAACGUUCUCGAACAAGAUUAUCCUUUUAAUGUCUAUCUCCGAUUUGUCUUUUGGAAUUUUCGUCUUGCCAGUGCUGGCAAUGUUUUGGAUCACAGGAAAACAAAGGAAUUGUCUCGAGCUCAAAACAGUUGAAAUUCUGACCGUAUUUUUUGGAUAUGUUACAUGUUUUACGAUUAUUUGUAUCUCAGUUGAUCGAUAUCUUCAUGUUACAAAACCAGCUCGAUAUCAGACGCUCAUGAACUCUCGUCGAAGGACUGUAUCAGUAGUUCUUUGCCUGGUUACUGGGUUUCUUACUGCUGUUAUCUGCGCUGUUGUGGCUUCAUUUUACCAGCAACUAAUAAUGGGCAUUGUCAAUAUUAUACUUAUAACAAUUUUUCUCAUAUUGAACAUAAAAUCUCAUAAAACUCUAGAAAGGCAUCAGAAAAAUAUGGUUGUGCGAUUUCAACCUGCCAAACAAUUGAACAUUAAUGACACAAACCAUACGAGAGAGAAACUGGCUGCAGUAAAAACAAUUCGUUCUAUAUUGUCAAUGUUUCUCAUUUGCUAUUGUCCUUACAACAUUGCUUCCGUUAUGUGGACUUAUCAUAGAUUCGAAACAGAAUCAGCUCCAGGAGUGGUUUUGGACACCUUCUAUGAAUGGAGUUGUAUACUCAUGUUUAGUGGCACUUUUCUUAACUCGUUAAUAAUUAUUCGUGGCAAUUCCAAAUGCCGCAAAUUUGUAUUAUCGCUUUUAUGUAAGAUCAGCGUAGAUAAUUAGUGAAAAAUUAAUACUAUGUUGACGAUAUUUUCUAAGAUAUCCUGCAAUAUCACAAUGAAACCUUACUUUAUUUUGUCAAAAAAAAUCUUUUCUAGAUGAAAUAGCAUAUUUAUACUUACACACCACUCAACCACGGCCUAAAACAUUCUUAGAAUAGACAAAAGCUGUGAAAUCAUUCAAUUGAGCCAUCUUGCGUUAAAUUUAGUUAAAUUGAGGCUGAUUUUCUGUUCCAGAGAACUCAGUUCUCAGUUCAGAACGAACCAGAGUAGCGAUUCCAUUUGAUUUUGAUUAAAAAGUGCUGUCGAUUUGUCUUAUCGUAGUUUUUGUCAUUUUUGUCAAACUUGGUCAUUUCGAAAUAUGAGUAAUAAGGAUUUAGAUAAAUGCAAAAGAAACCAAAGGGAGUAUAGAAGGAUAAAACGCUGUCAGAGGCACCAGAUAAACAGGAGCAGUGCAGCUCAGGUCACCUUAACUUUUUAAAAGGAGUGUUCUUUGCUAAAUAAGCUGUGUUUUGUGAAGAAACUUCUAGUUUUUUGCAAUUCCUAGUUCCAAUCCAAAC